GCCAGGAAUUGCUUUUGUUUUCAUCUAGUUUUGUUUUUGGUAUUUUGUAAAGUUAAUUGUCCACUAUGUAUAAGUUUAAGAAUCGUAAGAAGAAGGCUCUAAACACGAUUGAUGAGAACACCACCAUAAAAGUGCCGCGCCUGGCGGAGAGCUCCACUAAUGUUUCCAUUGAAUCAUCAUCCGCCGGGAGCGAGGAGAACAUACCCGCCUCGCAGGAGCACACGCAGCGCUUCCUGUCGCAGCACAGUGCCAUCCUGGCCGCCACCCUGGGUCGCACACAGUCCUCCAGCCGGAACAUCCCCAACCUCUCCCGGCAGCCCAACAACUUUUUCGAACUGGUCCUGAUUCGCGCCGGAGUCCAAUUGGAUCAGGGCGACAGCCUGGUCCUGGCCUGCGACCAUGUGUCCAUUGUGUCCAAGCUACGGGAAAUAUUCAUGAGCGCCUCGUCCUACACCGACAAGCUGGAAACCUUCAAGACGGGCCUGAAUGCGGCGAUGGCGCCAAACUCAAAGCUGGUGCAGAAACUCCUGACCGGCUGCACCGUGGACGCCGCUGGCGAGGAACAGAUCUAUCAGUCGCAGAACAGCAUGUUCAUGAACUUCCUCAUGAUCGACUUUCUGCGAGAUGCCUGCGUGGAGGUGCUCCUGAACAAGAUCGAGGAGGUCGCCACCGCGGAUCGAGUCCUUACGGGCAGGGCCGCCAUAUCCAUGCCACUUCUGCCCUUGAUGCUCACCCAACUGCGCUACCUGACCGUUUCGCACAAGGUGCAGAUCUACAGCCGCAUCGAGGGCAUCUUUAACAGGGCCACGAAGUCGGCCAAGUUGGACAUCAUAGCCAACGCCGAGUUGAUACUGGAUGCCAGCAUGCACGACGAGUUUGUUGAACUACUCAACAUUAACUAUUCCAACACUGAAGACCUGUUCCAUAUGACCACGGUGCACACGCUGAGCAAUUUAUCCCUUUCAGACCGAACGCAGGCUAAGUUACGACUGCGCAUUUUGGAGUUUGCCACAAGUGGAAACUGUUCCGAUAUGACCUUGCCUCACCUCGUUCGCCUUUUGCUUAACAUUCUGAAAAUGGACACAGAUGACAGUGUGCGCGAUUUGAUAGGUAGCCUGCGAGAAAUCUUCAACUGGCGUCACACAAUUAAAAGAGGUAAAAACUCGGCAACGGAAGACAAUAGAAAGUCACAGCUGGAAUUAUUUGGCUUUCUGGAGCUUGGCUUAAUACGCUCUAAACGAUUUUAUCAGGCGUGUCAAAGGUCAGCAGGUGUUUUGCCCGCAGAUGCAUUCACCUCGUUCGACAUGAUUGUUCUGCUUUUGUUAAUAAAAGUUAAUGAAGAUAAUUCAUUGUAUAUUGAAAAUAUUCUUCGUCGUCGUAUUAAGCUGGAACACUUUACGGUGAGCAUUUUAGAGGAGGUGAAAUUGCACUAUAGGCACAUACUCGAGCAGCAUAUAAGCACACUGAUGAACAUUCUACAUGACUUUAUGCGUGAGAAAAAUCGCACCGUGUCCGAUUUUGCCAAGUCUUCGUACAGUAUACUAUUUAGGAUUUUCGACUCUAUUCAGAAGAAUAUCCUUAAGAAACUGCUGGAGCUCACCUGUGACAAAUCAUCUCCUCACCUGACGACAAUGGCAUUGGAACUACUUCGUGAGCUGCAGCGCAAGAGCACCAAAGAUGUUCAGAACUGUGCCGCCCUCCUCAUUCCGAUGUUGGAUAGGAUCAGUGAUCUUACCCUUACUCAGACGCGUGUGGCCAUGGACCUGCUUUGCCAUGUGGCCUUUCCAGACCCCAAACUACCGGCUUGCGCUCAGCUCCAGGAGCAAGUCGAUAUGGUUGUGAAGAAGCAGCUGAUCAAUUCAACGGAUAUUAUAAAAAGGCAGGGCAUUAUUGGAUGUGUGCAGCUCAUCGAUGCGAUGGCCCGCAUCGAGGACGAUGCAGUGGAGCAUAACGAUUCCCAAACUAGCGUGGAAAACGUGGAUUCUUUGCCCGAUGGUCGAGGCAAAAUGGCCGCCAACUUGAUCAUUCGCACCGAGUCAUCCAUUGCCAACAGCGCCGAGUCCUUAGCUCUAUUCUACGAAGAACUGGCGACGGUUUUCAACCAGCGCUAUGACGAAACUUCCGCCUGUGACUUGGACCACCAUUUUAUUGCCUGGGCUUGUGACAUAGUGACUAUCCGUUUUCAGACUAGCUUUGUCACCGAGGAUGUUCCAGAGACAAUUAAGGGCAUUAAACUAGAAUAUCAAAUGAACAUUAAUGAAUUGGACGACUCAAAUGUCAACACUGAAUCGGAUGUCCUUAGCAUCGGCAUAAAUAUAUCGAAACUGGUUCUGUCACCCAAAGCCAAAGCUUGCGAUUCUAUAUAUGUACUUGCACCUUUGUUUAACUGUGUCCGGGUACUGUAUAAACAUCGUCACCACGACAGCUUGGAGAACAUCAAUGCGUUGCUCGGCUGUGCCAUCGUCUUACCCUCGUUCUUUGAAGCCGAUAACUAUCUAGCCAUAUUCGACAACUUUGCGACGGACCAGCAAAAGGACAUUCUGAGCAUUUACUUCCACACCGUCAAUUGGAUGCGGGUGUCGAUCAGUGCCUUCGCAUCGCAGAGGGAUCCACCCACUCGGCGUCGAGUGUUGGCCCGUCUCGGUGAAUUGAUACGAAUUGAGCAGAGGAUUAAGCCGCUCCUGGCUAGAGCGCCCUCGGACUUCGUAGCCCCGCCAUACCAGUUUCUCACCAAUGCCAAGCACUCGGCGAUGAAUCAGAAACGCCAAGGAGCCAAGGCUGCUGCUAGGCUGAACGCAACUGCAACGGAACCGGACUUAACUGGUAAUCAGACUACGAUUGCUGAUUUUACGAUUAAGGUUGGAGCCUGCAAGUCCAUAAAAACAAAGAUAGACUUUGAGCAGAUGUACGGGCCGCGAGAGAAGUACAGGCCCAUGGAAGUGGAAAUUAUAAUGCUGUUGGUCGAGCAGAAGUUUGUGCUGAACCACCAGCUGGAGAAGGAUCAAGUUGGAGAGUUUCUGGGCCUGCUUGAGUUGCGUUUCCUGUUGGAAGACAUGGUUCUAAAACUUGAAGCGGCAGUCCUCGGCCAGCAGGACUCGUCUGAUGCGGACAGUUUCAGGCUGCACCUGGCCAAGCCAGAGGAUUUCAUAUGCGAUUUACUUCCCUGUCUGCUUGAGGUGAACAAACACCUAAUAACUUUGGCAGAAGCGAUCGACAAAGAGCUAACGAGAGUCAAUCAUGUGUACAGCAAUCUGGAUCUGUUCAAGGAGCAAUUUAACUAUGUGAAAACCUGCUUUGGACUUUGCAUUCGCUUAUUUGCCUUAUACUUCGCCUGGGGCGAGUGGGGCGACAAGUCUCAGGCUGAGCUGCUCCAUAAAUCUUUGUAUAAGUUGCACCCAAAAGAGCUAUGGAAAAGAUACGAACAAAAAACAGUUCCCCAGCUGGCAACCCUGGCCUUUGAAUACUUUUUAAAGUAUGAAAAAUCUGUUCUGAGCCUCAGUACAGCGGUCCAGCUUCAUCGAUUGUUGUGCAGCUUGCUGAAGGUGGGAAGUUUGGAAAUUGAUGCAAGCCAGCCGAGAUUUCAGCAAGCCGAAGACUCGCGUUCACUUUGUGGCAAGCUGCUGCGUCGAAAGUGGUUCCACUACUCUGCUACUUUGGAUAAGGGCGGGCAGUGCAAUAUCUAUCUGGACGAGCUGGUCAAGGGUUACCUUCGGAAAUCGACUAACGAAAGUCAAAGUGAACUCCUUAGUGAGCUGGUUAAACAAUGCAGUGUUCUUAACACAAAGGACAAAGCCCUGAAUUCCUUUCCCAACUUCAAAAAGGCCAACUUUCCUUUGCUUUUUCGUGGCCUCUGCGAGGUGUUAAUUCACUCCUUAAGUGGCCAAAUCGGCGUGGACAGUCGCGGAGAUAAGCUGAAACUGUGGGAAUCCACGGUUGACUUGUUCAAUGGCUUGCUCAGCAUAGUGCAGCUGGUGGAACAGCCCCGAAAUUUCGGAUUGUUCCUAAAGCACUCCCUGCUAUUCCUCAAGCUGUUGCUUCAGCACGGCAUGACUGCGCUGGAAUCCAUUGUUCGGGAUGAUCCCGAGAGGCUGACCAGGUUUCUGCACGAGCUCCAGAAAGUGACACGAUUUCUGCACCAACUCUGCUGCCAUUCGAAGUCCAUUAAAAAUACGGCCAUCAUCAGCUACAUUCCCAGCCUGCGGGAGACAAUUGAGACGCUGGUUUUCCGGGUGAAAGCCCUUUUGGCUGCCAACAACUGUCAUUCGGCUUUCCACAUGGGCAACAUGAUAAACAGGGAUCUUCACGGGGACUCUAUUAUCACGCCAGUCGGUUCGUUUGCCGACGAGGAGAACAGCGACGAGGAAAUACCCGCCGAUGAUACCAGCGUAGAUGAAACAGUGCUGGGUGAUGUUAUGGCCAUCACCACCGCCAGCGUCAGCACAAGACCAAGCGAUGGUAGUCGGAGCAAGUCCUCGUCCCGCAGCAAAUGUUUUUAGGAUAGUCUCUUCUUUUUGUAGCGAUAAAAAAUAAAUAAUUGUUUUUUGGACCAAAGUGG